UCCCGCUUUGUGCGGGACAGUCCCGCAUUUCUAUCAUUUUUCACCCGUCCCGCAAAUUGAGACGUUAUCCCGCAUUCUUACCGAUAGUCAGACUCCAAAUUUUGAAAUGCGUGUUUUAUCAAACAGUUGUUUGUGUGUGUAGACAGCCGUGAGGGCUGUCAUCAGAGGGCGCCUAGACUCGGCUAGGCUAUUUCAUAGAUGGGCUAUGGCUAUUUGCUAUUUCAUCAUGUCUGGGACGCGGACCUAUGACGCGGAAGAAGUUAAGCGCGCCAAUCGAAACAAUAGAAAUCAGGUCAGAACGGCAAGCAGCAGACAUGGAGGAAAACACGACACUCACGGGUAAGAAGAGGAACUGGAAGUGCAGUUUCAACAAAGACUGGGAAACUAUCUAUCCCUGGGUGAAACCAGUGCCUAGUGAUUCUAGCAAAGUGUCGUGUGAAAUUUGCUCAAGUCAAUUUUCCAUUUCACACGGAGGUGAAUACGACACAAACAGUGCGAGGCACAUAAAAAACGUGUUGCUCAAAAAGAGUCUUGCCAGUCUAUGGAUACGUUCCUGCUAAAACCCAAACAAGAGUCAAACGCCAACAAGGUAACUGCAGCUGAACUAACUAGUGUUUACCACACUGUAAAACACUCACUAUCAUACAGGUCAGAAGACUGUGGUAAUAAGCUAGCAUCUACCAUGUUUCCAGACUCUGAGAUUGCAAAGAAAAUGUCAUAUGGUCGUACAAAGGCAGCAUCCAUAGUAACAGAUGUGCUUGCACCUGCCUCUGUAGAGAGUUGUUUGAGAGAAUUAAAAAUGCCAGUGGUUCAAGAGCUCCCAAGUGAUAGAAAAGUCCACACGCCAUUUUUUUCAGUGGCUUCAGAUGCAUCUAAUCAUGGCACUACAAAACUCUUCCCACUGUCUUUACGAUAUUGGACACCAGAGCUGGGUUUGAAAACUAAGAUACUGGACUUUUAUGAAGAUAGCCAAGAGUCAGCUGCUGCCAUACACCACCAGAUAAAGAGCAAGUUAGAGGAAAAUGGUCUGCAACUGGAAAUGAUUUUUAUCUUACACUGCAGACAAUGCUAGUGUGAACUAUGGGAAAAACAACUCGGUUUACCAAAAGCUAAAGGCAGAAAAUAGUGGCAUCAUCAAGGCAAACUGUAUGGCCCACAUAGUGCACAACUGUGCAAAGCAUGCUGGAGACAUGCUGAACAUUGACAUUGAAUCUGUAGUCAACAAAAUAUUCAGCCACUUUUCAGUCUCAGCAAAGUGCACAGAGGAAUUAAAAGCAGUGUUCGCCUUUGUGGAGGAAGACUAUCAUGCUGUACGGUGACAUGUACCAACAAGGUGGUUAAGUCUGUGGCCUGCUGUCCAGAGGCUACAUAACAGCUGGGCAGCUAUCAAGAGCUACUUCUUGUCGCUGGGAGAGAGUGAGUGCCCAAAAGUACUGUGGAAGCUCUUAAAAUCAGAUCAGGAUGGUGAGGGGCAUCCCAUUGAGCUGCAGGCCUACCUGGCUUUCCUCAACAACAUACUCAAGGUGUUCCAUGACGUUGUGCUGCUGUUGGAGGGACAGGAUGGGACCAUCUGUGAGCUCUAUGACAUCAUGCAGACCCUCAAGACCAAGCUCAAUCAGCGACAGAUCGAUUCCUUCUUUGGAAUGGAGACCAGUGCGAUUGUCCAACAGUUUCCGGACCAAAAGGCAGCAUCAAUCAAAGAGGAUAUGUCCAACUUCUACCAGACAGCACUCAACUACCUGGAAAAAUGGUAUGACUUCAACGACACCAACUAUCAGAAGAAAGUUGCCUGCUUGUCACUGAAGAACAGCUUUACAUUCACCCAGCUCAGUGAUGCCGUGGAGGCCCUACAUAUAGGGGGGAAACUGGACAUGGACGAACUCUACGAGGAGUACUGUGUGACUCUGCCACGCCAGCCGGAAAUUGUGCAGAGAAGAGCUCCUGUUGUGGAGAAGUGGUCGACCUUUCUCAAAAGCACGAAGACACCAAACCUGACUGCAGUUGCCUCCUUUGUCUUCAGCAUCCCAAUAACCAACGCAUCUGUAGAGAGAGUGUUUUCCCUGAUGACUGCAGCCUGGACCGACCAGAGGAACCGUUGCUCUGUGGAGCUCAUCAAGAGUGAAAUUCAAGUCAAGACCAACUUUGAAUACAGUUGUAAGGAAUUCUACAGUUAUGCACUUAAGCAGAAAGCCUUAUUAGAAGCUGCAAGCUCAAGCAAGAAGUAUAAAGCCAAGAAGAUCAUCUAAGGUGCUUUCCGUGGUGCUGAGAGUGCAUCGUCUGUGUGGGCCUGCAGUUGUUGCUGUGAUGUAGAGAACUGAAAACAAAAUUCAGCCAGGUGCUCUCCUUGGUGCUGGAAUAGCAUUAAUUGUGUAUUUUUCUAUGAUUAACUAAACAUAUUUCAUUAAAGUGUUUGCUCUAGUUAAAUAUACUCAAGCACAUACAGUAUUCAAGUAGAACAUUUAUUUUGUGUAGUUUAUCUCUAUGUGAUUCUGAGCUGAGUGAGUUUAGUUAUGUUCAGAUAAUCAGCCUAUGUGCUCCAUGUUCUACUUGAAUACUGUAUGUGCUUCAGUUUAUUUUUUUCUAGAGCAAACACUUUAUUGAAAAAUGAAAACAUUAUUUUAUUUAAGUUUGUGUUACCUCCUGACCAGUAUUGAUUUGCACUUCAGGUUUUAUUUAUUAUUUUAUGUAGUGCCUAUACCAAUUUGUGCGUUUUUGUAGCAUUACUUGGUCCAGUAACUGCAGAGCAUUUUCAAAUGCAUUUAUUUUGUGUAGUUUAUCUCUAUGUGAUUCUGAACUGAUUAAGUUUUGUUAUGUUCAGAUAAUCAGCCUAUGUGCUCCAUGUAUCCAGUGUAUGUUCUACUUGAAUGUAUGUACUUCAGUUUAUUGUUUCACUAGAGCAAACACUUAAAUGUGGUUGUGUUGUUGUUGCUCUCUGUUGUUGGAGAAAAGGCACAUUAAAGGACAAUAUUUGAAAGAACAAUUGUAGCCUUGUCUUUCUGUUUGAUUGUACACAGUCAGGAGUGUUAACUUGAGGGGCACUGUGAAACAGCAUGAAAACUCCAUUGGGAAAGUUGCAUUUAAAUACAUGUGUUACUUUUUUGUUUGCAGGCUGUUAUGUGCUCCUGAAUCAACCAAAUGGCAAAUCAUAGUAACGUUAUAGCAAAGGGGAAGAAUAGAAAUGUUUAUUUAAAUUUAAUUUUAUUUUAGACUGCCUCGAUGCAUUGAUAUCUCACAUUGUCCCACAUUGUCCCACAUUGUCCCACACAAACGUUGUCUUUGUCCCACAUCUGGUGAAUUGGGAUCCGGUCACC